ACAAUCACGUGACCCGGCACGCCGCGCUGGAUUUAUCCAAGAUGGCGGCCAGUGGAGUAUUUCUACCGGGAGCCGUUUUUAGGCCAACAGCAUGUCUUGGAGUUCGGAACAUGGCAACCUUGAAAGACCUAUCAGUCCGUUUGAAGUCAGUGAAGAACAUCCAAAAGAUCACCAAAUCAAUGAAGAUGGUAUCAGCUGCAAAGUUUGGCCGUGCAGAGAAGGARCUUAAGCCAGCAAGAUCUUAUGGUGCUGGGGCUUCAGCCCUAUACGAGAAGGUUGAAAUCAAGCAGGACGAAGAAAAGCCUAAUCACCUAGUAGUUGCCAUAUCAUCAGACCGUGGUCUUUGUGGUGGUAUUCAUUCUGGUAUAGCAAAGGCUGUUAAGGCUGACUUGGCAGCAAACACUGAUAGAAACACUGCUAUUGUGUCAUUUGGUGAUAAAACAAGGCAAAUUYUGCAGAGAACCCAUGCUAAAAACAUGUUGAUGACAUUCUCUGAUAUUGGGAGAAAGCCACCAGUUUUCUCUGAGGCACAGUUUCUUGCCCAGGAGAUUAUCAACAGUGGCUUUGAGUUCAACCUAGGAGAGAUGUACUAUAAUACAUUUAGAUCUGUAGUCUCCUUCAAACCAACUGCAGCUCCUUUYUUUUCAUUUGACAACUUGAACAAUGCUACAGAAGAUUCUCUAAGUACAUAUGAUGACCUGGACUCUGAUGUCAUCCGCAGCUACCAGGAAUUUUCUCUGGCAAGCUUGCUGUACUUUGCAAUGAAGGAAGGAGCUUGUAGUGAACAGAGUGCCCGAAUGACAGCUAUGGAUGCUGCUAGCAAGAAUGCAGGCGAGAUGAUUGACAAGUUGACAUUGACGUACAAUCGAACAAGACAAGCCGUCAUCACCAGGGAGUUGGUGGAGAUUAUCUCAGGAGCAGCUGCAGUUUAAACGUGAUUUAGUGAAUUUUGAAAUGUGUGUUACACUUUGUCACACUUUUAUGGGAUCAUUUGUGACGAAUAAAACUUGAAAUUAUACUCCA